AACCAAGCGCCAAUGAGCGAACACACGAUAAUUUCGUUGCUCACCGACGAUCAGUUGGCUCGCGAGGGUUGAUGUGCUGCAGUGGCGUUUUCGUCGGCGUUUAGUAACCAAAUGUAGGUAAACGAAAGAGCACCUGUAGAAAUUAGUGGAGGCUAAUAAAAUAAUAUAAUUCGUCAAUAAAACAACAUAAAAGUAAUUCUACUGAAAUUUAAGAAACACAACAACAAAAUUUAAAAAUUAAUAGUUUGCUGCAGUGACUAACAAACACAAAUUGACGAAAGAUGCUUCAAAGAGCACUAAAACUUUUUUAAAUGAACAGGUGGGCGCCGAAGCAAAGCCAACAAGUACGUUAUCAAUGUGCGAGGCUGUGAUAAGAGAUAAGAUAAAAGUAAACGGUAAAAAAAAUUGUGGCAAUAAAAUAACACGGUCAUAAAACGAAAAGUAAAUGUAGAAAACAAUAAAAGCAAAACCAAAAGUUAAGCAUAAAGUAAUUGGAGCCAUUGAGCGGUGCUUAUAAACAUUUCAACACAUAUAUGUAUAUACAUAUAUCUGCAUAUAUAUAUAAUUACCUGUGUAUAUUUGUACAAACAAGACGAGAUAACGGGCGCACAAAUAACCCACUGCCGCUGGAAGUAUUUAGUAGAGGAGAAAACCACCGAAAAACCUUAGGCUAUUUGAACCUUGGCAUAACACAUCAAUUUGCAAGUACAAAAGCAAACACAAUUCUUAAUUAAAUUAUUUGAUUUUUGUUCUUGUACUAAAAAACAAAACAAACCCAUCAUGACAUCUGCACCCGCAACCGAUUUGGAGGCCCAAGUCAACGUGGAAGAUCUGCCAUUAACAUUUAAGGUCAAAUACAUUGGGUCCGAGGUAGCACGUGGGUUAUGGGGUAUUAAAUUCACUCGCCGACCGGUCGAUAUCCUGGUGGGUGUAGCCAAGAAUGUAUCCGCUAAGAAAGUUCUGCCACAAUGUGAUCUCACAGUAUCAACCGAUGGUGUUAGCAUCGAAAUCAUAACACCAAAAGCGAGUGUGAAUAAUUGGAAUUAUCCGAUAGAUACGAUUUCGUAUGGUGUGCAAGAUUUGGUCUACACUCGAGUAUUCGCCAUGAUUGUGGUGAAAGACGAACAACAUCCGAAUCCGUUUGAGGUACAUGCAUUCGUGUGUGAUAGUCGUGCUAUGGCUCGCAAACUGACAUAUGCUCUAGCGGCUGCAUUCCAAGAGUACUCACGACGCGUUAAGGAAUCGGGUGAACAAUCGCCUACUGAUAAUAUUACGCCACACCGACAGAAGUUCGCCAUCGAUCUGCGUACACCCGAAGAGCUGCAGGAGGGUGCCAAUGAGGAGACGGAGGCUUAGAUGGUUCGUUUUGUUGUUAUGGAAGGAUUACCCACGCGCCCAUAAAGUGAUUUAUUUGCGAAAAAUAUGCAUCACACGAUUAAUUAUAUGUUAAGGUUUUACUAUGGACUUACUUAUUUGUACUACUAGUAAUCGUUAUAUAAUAAUUUUUAAGCCAAAAUCAUUGUAUUUAAAUUACAGUUACUCUUCCACACGCUCUGUGGCAGUCGACUUGCAAAAAACUAAAUUUAAUAUUAUAUUUAUUUAUACUUCAAAGUCUGUGCGAUAAUUUGUGAAGUGAAUCCAUUCAAAAAUUAAACCCCUUCUCCAAACGAUAACUUCAAUGAACAUUUCUAUCCAUUAAUAUUUUUCGAAGACUUUCAAGAUAUUCCAGGCGGAAAGAACUUCUUAUAAACUAAGAUGAACUCCUCUAACAUGGUCGCCGACUAUUAUGAUCUUCAGCAUUAAGCAAUCAGAGUAUCAAUUGAUAACUUCAUUGUGAAGCAUUACUCUAGUUGAGGAACCCAGAAGCUGUUUUAGGCUUUAAAAAAUAUGUGUAUACCAUAUACAUGUCAAUAAAAUGGGAUUUGCGAAAAUUGAACUCCUAAUAUAUGAAACAGUUCACACAAAUUAAGGAUCUUAAUUGAUAUUUCUAAAAACUGGAAAAACUUUCGGCGAUCCCAGGUAUAGAUUAAUAAUAUAGACGCUGCUUUAUAAAGACCAAAGUAUUUUUAAUGUGAUUUUAAGGUUUUUUAAAUUGUUAGAUUUAUGUUGUAAAGGCAGAACCUUAGAACUUUACAAACGGGCAGAUUAAAUAGUUUCUUAAAAAAAAUUUAAUUUAAAUAAAAAAUAUUAGAUUUAUAUUAAAUAAAUAGCUUUAUAUUUAAAUUAUUUUAAAAAUUUUAAUUUUUUUACAAAGAAACUAUAUUUGUACAUAACUACAUUUGAACAGAUUUUACUUGUAUUUUCCCCUGAUACAGCUAAUUACCCAAAGUAUAAGACAAUUUAGUGUAUGUAAAAAUGUAAUCAUAAUUAUAAAAAUUAAAUUAAUUUUUAACGAAAACUAAAAUUAAAAAAAAAAUAGGAGUUAAAUUAUUAAUUAGACGAAAUAUUGUGAAAUGAGCAUCUAUUCAUUUUGAUUCACCAAAUUUUCUGGUGAAAAAAGCAAAUUGUAACAAUAAAUUUUCAUAGUUACUACAACAAAAUUAUUACAACAAAACCUUAAAAACAAGUUGCAACUUUAAAUAAAACCAGCAGUAAUUUCUUUUUGUAUUUUAAAUAUCGUUAUUAAAAACCUGAAAGUCAUAUUUUCGGCUAACAUUUUUUUGAAUGUUAUUACAAAAGUUCGUACUUCAUUAUAUUAGCGAAUGGUUUUUGAAAUAUAGUUUGAUAAUUUAGUGCUAACUCCUAAAACGACUAUAAAAAUGUAAAUUAAAUGUACUUAAUUUCGUGUAUGUAUGUAUAAAUGCACUGUAUCUUUGUAUGUAAUAAAUAUUUAGAUUUUACAAAUAUACACGCGGAAGUCAACAUUGUUCAA